UAUUACUAACUUUAACAUUUUUGUACAAUUAAUAAAUCAAGAAUUGGGAUUAUGAGGGUUCCGGUUACGAGGUCAUUUACUUACGUUUACGAAUUCAAAUAAUCUGCUCAUCUGAAGACUGGAAAGGAGUUUACAGAGAAACCCUUUUCUUUAAGAUGUCUCUAGGUGCUCCUCUUUAGGCUUAAUCCAUUGUUCCAAUCGUGUACGUAUAUGUAUGCAUACAUCCCUCGUUUAGUGCUUUCUUUUAAUCCUCCACAGUACAUCCACCUGUAGCCCACUCGAUUUUUCAUUAUUUAUGGUGAUUGGAGAGAGCGGAGAGAAGACAUACGGAAACGGUGCUAUCUGAAAUUUCGUGCGAGAAUCUGAAGCCCUCAAUCAGGGUUUUUGGGGUUCCCCAGUUAUUAUUAUUAUUAUUUAUUUUUUAUUAUUAUAUUGUCUUUCUAAUCUGGUUCCCUAAUUUCCUACCCGAUUGAGAAUUGUGGAGUUUGGGAAAUAAAUUGAUCGGAAUAAUCGAAUUUUGAUUUGGGGUUCUGAUGACUUACAAUGCUGCGGAUAAGGAGGAUCUCAUACUGGGGGAGGGUUACGUGAGAUUGGAGGAGGGCGGUGCAGAAGGGGCCCAGGGGCGGGCGGAGACGUCGACGUCCGGUUGUUGUGGAGGCGGAAGCGAUGUCAUUGGCGACGGGGGAGGGUGGUGGUGGGGAUGGUGGUGGUGGGCAAAGCUGGUGUUGGUGGUGUUAUUUGUUGGCGUAUUGGGUUUGGUUUUCUUCAAGUGGAUUGGACCCUUUUUCAUGGAUAAGGAGAUCAUACCCAUAAUAGUGUGGGAGAGGAAGACUUUCAGCACAGCCGUGAUAGGGAUCUUAGUUUUUGGUACUCUGGCAAUAUUUCCCACCAUUCUAAUUCCUUCAACGCCAUCCAUGUGGGUGGCCGGGAUGACAUUUGGAUAUGGUUAUGGUUUUCUGCUGAUCAUUGGAGCAGUACCUUUUGGUGUCACUCUUCCAUAUUUCAUCGGUUUGCUGUUCUAUCAUAAAAUCCAAGUGUGGUUAGAAAGGUACCCGAAGAAAGCAUCCAUCAUAAGACUUGCGGGGGAGGGCAAUUGGUUCAAUCAGUUCCGAGCAGUUGCAUUGAUUAGGAUUUCUCCUUUUCCUUAUGUUGUAUAUAAUUACUGCGCUGUUGCUACAGGUGUGAAGUAUGUCCCAUAUUUGUUGGGGACUCUGGUGGGAAUGAUACCAGAGAUAUUUGUUGCACUGUACACCGGCAUACUUAUCAAGACUCUAGCCAAUGCUUCACAGGACGGGCAAUCCCUGUCAGCUCCUCAGAUUAUCUUCAACGUCAUUGGGUUUUCUCUUACCGUGGCCACGACAGUGAUAAUCACACUAUAUGCGAAAAGAAGAAUCAAGGAGUUGCAGAUGCAAGAGGAGCGAUUAUUGCAGUGAUCUUACUCAUAUAUUCUCCGACUCGAUCAAGCUUUGGACAGUGAAUACUCUGCCAAGCAAGGUCAUACAUAUAUAUGAACUGUAUUGGAAGAAAUUGGAUCUUCUGGGACGAGAUGGCUUUCUUUACAAGUGAAAGUCACAUUGCAGCUAAUGAAACUAACAUUGCAUUUAUUCUGUUGUUGGAUGAAGCAGAACAUUGUCUGUGAUGUUUUGACUCAAAUGUUCUAUGCUCAUGCACACAAUUGAACAACUCUACCAUCCGUAUAUAGUUGGAUUGAAUUUCGGAGAA